GCUGGCUUUGCAGGAAUCGAGCCAAGCAUCGAUUCAGUCACCAAGCGUUCGUCAACAUGAAGUCCACGCUUGCGGUUUUGCUACUUGUUAUUGCCGUAGCCACUCAAGGCUACCAACUACCCGGGGACGAUGAGUACGACCCGUUCGAGCCGUUCAUCUCCGGUGGUGCCAACGCCGUCCUCGGCCAGUUUCCCUCCGUCGUCGCCGUAGGCGUCCCAGCACCCCCCAACAACGCCUUCUGCGGUGGAGUCAUCCUGAACGUCAACCACGUCCUUACAGCGGCCCGCUGUAUGCUCACCGCGCAGAACACCCUGCACUUCCCGAACCAGGUCGGCAUCAUGGCCGGUAUGCUGCAGCUGAACUUUGCCGCUGCGAGGAUCCCGGCCGCCGCUAUCUACGUCCACCCGGCGUACAACCCGUUCACGUUCGAGAACAACAUCGCCGUGAUCCGCACCGCACAGAACUUCUUCCCGCCGGAAGUGGCUCUGCCGAACGUGGCAUUUGCCCAGCUGGCACUGGACAUUCCGUUUGACGGUGAAGGUUGUCAAGUUGCAGGCUGGAACAACGCCACGGCGUCCCCUAUUCAGCAGUUCAUCAACGUUCCCGUGCUCAACCGAGAUACCUGCAACGGGCUGGCUGUCCACCUGGGUCGCAUUCGGGAGUCGAUGAUCUGCGUGGGCGUUACGGCUGCGAAUCCAAGCGUUUGCGCUAGCAAUUCGGGAACGCCACUGUUCUGUAACGGACGGGUGGCUGGGAUACUGAGCACCGGAUUUGGGUGUGGAACGGCGAACAAUCCGGGCGUUUACUCGCAGAUUAGGUUCUUCCAGGGCUGGAUCGAGCAGCAGUUCCAGCGGCAGGAUAUUCCGCAGGGGGGUACUUCGCCGAUUCCGAUUUGGUAAAAAAAAGUAAUACAAUGAGAUUUUUCGAAUAUCAAUUUAA